AUGUCGCUAUCUCUGUUGGAUUCAGAGGUAGUUGGGAAAUGGUACAACUGGUUGGAUUUCCACACCGAUCAACUGGUCUGGGCAAAAGGAACAGAAACUAUGCCUAUAUCCGCUUGCUCGCUGCCCUGCGAAUCGGGUAUGAUUCGUAAGCAACAGGGGGACACCUGCUGCUGGGUUUGCGAUCAGUGCGAGGAGUACGAGUAUGUGUACAAUGAGACAACCUGCAAAGAUUGUGGUUAUGGCUACUGGCCUCAUUCGGAUAAGCGUGGUUGUUACUUUUUGCCGAUUAAACACAUCAACUGGACCUCAGCGUUCGCAAUAGCUCCAGCUGUUAUAUCAUGUCUAGGAAUAGUCGCCACGCUGGCUGUGGCUGGACUUAUGUUCCGACAUCGAGAUACACCUGUUGUCAGAGCCUCUGGAAGGGAGCUGACGAUUAUUUUACUUGCUGGAGUGCUUGUGUGUUAUCUGAAUACUUUUGUUCUUCUUGCACAACCCACAACUGUUUCGUGUAUUUUGCAGAGGUUUGGCGUUGGUGUAAGCUUUAGUGCAGUUUAUGGAGCACUAUUGACCAAAACAAAUAGAAUCGCAAGAAUCUUCGAUUCAGCCUCAAGAUCAGCGGUUCGCCCCCGUUACAUAAGUCCCACCUCGCAAGUCUGCAUAGCCGCAGUGCUGAUCGCUUUUCAAGUAGUCUUAACCCUCGUUUGGAUGAUAGUUGAGCCCCCGGGGACCCGUCACUUCUACCCAGACCGUCGUCAAGUCAUCCUAAAAUGCAACAUUCAGGACAUGAGUUUCUUAUUUUCACAACUUUACAAUGCCUUUCUCAUCGUCGUCUGUACUAUUUAUGCAGUAAAAACACGAAAAAUACCAGAGAACUUCAACGAGAGUAAAUUCAUCGGUUUCACUAUGUACACAACGUGCAUAAUAUGGCUGGCAUUCGUACCAAUUUAUUUUGGAACUGGAAAUGCACAUGAAAUCCAAAUCACGACGCUGUGUGUUGCGAUAAGUCUCAGUGCAUCGGUGACACUUGUGUGUCUGUAUUCACCAAAAGUUUAUAUUAUUGUCUUUCAACCGGACAAAAAUAUCAGGGGAAAAGUAACCAUGAGUGGCAGCACCUUCAAAAAGCAGGACAGCAGUGGUGGAGCUUCAUCGGUUGCAAAGUAUGGUGGUCGUGAAAUGAGCAGUGAACAUGUACCAUUAAGUCGAGCUCUGAGAGCAGUUGUACAGACGUCCGCUGGUGUCACCGAGAUUUCAAUAGCAUCCAACACAUUAAAUCAGACGAAUGACGAGAUGAAUGAUGAGGUUGCGGCUGUCUAGAACUAUUCAGAAGAGAAAAUCAGUGAUCCAAUUGACGAUGAGAUGUGCCCACAUCCUUUUCUCAUUUUGGAAGUGGUGCACGGCUGCACAAACUCUGAAACCAAAAGAUAGAGAAAACGGGGAGGAGAAUAUAUAAUUAAAAUAAUAAUAUGGAAAUAAUGAGCAUAGUUGGUGGCCUCUAGUAACUGAUUCAAAGAACUAGAAAAAGUGCUUUAAAAAUCAUGAGAAAUUGACAGAAAACAAAUGGAGAAUACGGUAUCAAAAUUCUGAAAGAAUGGACUGUCAAGAUACUAAAAAAAUGAGAUAAUUGUCAAGCAGGAGCAAUUGUAUUAUUAGAGACUGUAAAAAAGGCUUCUACGUAUCCCCUCGUGUAUCUAUAGUCUUCGUUCGUCACUCUUUUGCCCAUUCGCGAGCCAUUCAUUUGUCAUUGUCGUCGUUGCUUGAUUGUUAUCGUUGAUCAUUGUAACACGUUGUCAUUCUAAGUAAUGAAAAAAAGAAAUAACACAUUGGAAGAUGAAGAGACACAUUGGAAGAUUACAUAUACAAAUGAAAAAUACAUAGCCUGCACUCGCACACGACCUAAAGGGUUUUUAAAUUUCUCACAUGGCUGUUCAUAAUGUCGACGAAAAUUUAUGAUAAAGCAGGAGAAAUUAUUUCAUAAUCGCAAUGGAGUCGGUCGAUUCGUAUGCGGCCUAUUCGCAUAAUUAUUAUUAUUUGUUUUACGGAAGGAGAAAAAAUUUUCAAGACAUAUUUUCAAACAAGAAUGCGGGUUUAAUUGGUUUUUAUAGUUUAAUUGGUUUUUAUGGAGAUAUUUAUGGCUAUGGUUUGGGUUUGCAAUUGAGGUCCUCAGGAGGAUCUGACAAAUUUUUGCUCACUGUCGUUGACUCCACUGAUCAACGACCAGUGUGGAGGAACCUAUUGUUCUCAAGAAUUCGUAAAUAACAUGGUAAAACCACCGAUAGUAUCUUACUCUAAAAUAUAAACAAUUUUUUUCUUUGGGUAUCUUUGCUUUCAUUCAAAAAAGUUUGUAGAAAUGUACUCCUCACUGA